AUGACGAACAAGCUCACCUCUCUGCCCUGCUCAAGGCCAAGCUACAAGCCAUUCCGCCCUUCCACAUCCCCUCUUACACUCUCUGACAUUGUCCGCCAAACAGCCCAAGCAUCCACCAUCCGCAACAUACCACCUGACAUUCAACUCGCCUUCUUCCUCGGCCACCGCGAUGCCAUUAACCGAUUUGGCGACAGGCCGGUCAAAGACGAGGCCAGUCAGAGUUUGAACAUGACGCGCGUGAUUUGGUUCUGGAGACUGGACGAGGCGAGACAGUUUCAGCGCUUCCAUGAUACCAUGAGGUGGAAUACGGCAAUGUUUGUUGCACUGCUGACGCUCUGCGAGGUUCAGAGCCGCUCGAGCUACCCACUGGGUGGAGAGAUGAAUAUGGAUGAUCAAGUCAAAACGGGUCGCCAUGACACACCGACACUUCGAGAUCCAUCUGCACAUGUCCCAACUACAGCUCGCCAUGACACACAGACACCUCGACAUCCAUCUGCACAGAUUCCUGCUGCAGCCCGCCGCUUCAUGACUAAAUACCUUGCUGCCGUCCUUGAACACCACAAUACCCCUCUGCUCUUCACCGCCCGCGAAUCCUUUAUCAACACGUGGAAGAACAGUGCCUGGGACGUGUAUACAGUGUUCCGCGGCGCGCAGAAGAAGCUGCUAAAGAAUCUCAUGAAGAGGCUGAACAAGGACUGGGAGGACGAACUUGACUUUGCCGAGAAGUCUAUGAGUGCGGAAGAGUUCCAGAAAAGAGUGGGCAAGUUUGUGGGAAGUCUGGUUUCGCGGCAGAGGGAACAGGGUGUGUCUGUUGCAUUAUCGGGCAAAGUACGAGGCAAAAAGGAAAGUGGGAAUACGCACAUGUCUAAUACUCGACGGCGCGUGUCCUACGAGGUUCGACAUGAGACCAAUGAGCUGCUUGCUGCUCUUCGUGUUCCCUUCACCCCACAGCCCAAGGACAAGAGCUACCAAGUAGGCGAAGACGUCAAGGAGGUUGCGGAUCUGAGAACUGCCAUUAACGCGGUGCAGACUAUGCGUCCACGCGACAUGCUGCCAGUACUUUUGCGUUUGUUUCCUGCGGCAUCAGAGUGA